GAGCGGGCGGCGGGGUGAGCUCAUCCCGGGCGCGGGCGGGGAGCGCCGCGCAGAGCCCAGCCCAGCUGAGGCGAGCGGAGCCGCCGGCAGCCGCCGCGGCAACUUUGUUGGGAAAGGCAGCUCCGAGCGGGAGCGGCGCGGCCGGCGCCCGGCGGGAGGGCGGACGGAGGCGGCGGUGAGUGGCGGCGGCGCGGCCCGCUCCGCGGGCGCAGUGCCGCUCGGCGGCGGUGGCGGCUCCCCGCGCUGCCCGUCCCUGCGGAGGCGGAGGGCGCCGUGCGGCGGGGGGCGCGCUCCCCGCGGGCCCGGGAGCGGCGCGCUGCUCGCCUUCAAGGCUCAAUAAACAACUUGUUUCUUGUUGGGCGCUGUGAAAACCAUUCUUUGGACUUGACCAGAUAUUAACUCUGACAGGAAUGAAAGUCUGAAGAUUUUUGUGAACCUACAACUAUCUAAAGGAAUUGAUGAGCAGGCUCUCUGCAUGACAGACUGCUUCUGUGAAUGCAUUCCAACAGGUUUCACUGCUAUAAUUCAUCUGAAGUUGGUUGUGACAGCCAUGGGGAGUUUUUGCUAAAGCUGUGUGCGCCUGCCUUCUCAGGAAUUUGGAUAGCUGCUGCAUCUUUGAAGAGAGAUUUUUCUGUGCCCUUCUUCAAAUGCCUGUGAAAUUUCCAAGAGGAACCAUCUUUCUGCUUAAAAGAAGCAUAAGCGAUUGGAUUACAACACUGACAUUUCAGGGUGCAAGUGAUGUUAAAACAGUUUGAAUGUAUCGGAGCAUGGCUGCUACUUAAAAUGCAAAACUUAAAGGAAAUUAUUGUUUAUCAAAACAUACUGAAUAUCUGAGUUUUAUAGACAUCCUGCAUUUAACAGUGUCCUUAAAUGUCCAUGAUUAAGAUCUCAUGCAACCGUUGUAUAUUUUGGAGACUAUUCUCCAAAAGAGAACUGUGUAUUUAAAAAGCAGAAAUGACUGUGAUUUCUCUUGGAACUUACUAAGAUUGAACAUCCUGAAAGAUCAUGACCAGCUUGAAGCGGUCCCAGACCGAAAGGGCUGUUGCCACUGGGGUAUCAGUUGGAACAGAUGGCACCUCAAAAGUCCACUCGGAUGAUUUUUAUAUGAGGCGAUUUAGGUCACAGAAUGGCAGCUUAGGAUCUGCAGUGAUGGCACCCGUUGGACCUCCUCGCAAUGAAAGUUCCCAUCACGUUACGUCUACCCCUGGAGUCCCUAAAAUGGGGGUUAGGGCAAGGAUUGCUGAUUGGCCCCCAAGGAAGGAGAACAUCAAGGAAACAAGCAGAUCUAGUCAAGAUAUUGAAACAUCAAGUUGCCUCGACAGCAUGUCUUCUAAAAGCAGUCCUGGGAGUCAGGGAAGCUCUGUUAACCUGAAUGCUAGUGAUUCUGUCAUGUUAAAGAGCAUCCAGAGCACACUUAAAAAUAAGACCAGACAAUCUGAGAAUCUAGACUCCAGGUUUCUUACACCUGAUGGCUAUCCCAGUUCCCCAAGGAAAGCUCUUCGCAGAAUAAGACAGCGCAGCAACAGCGAUAUUACCAUAAGUGAGCUUGAUGUGGAUAGUUUUGAUGAAUGUAUUUCACCCACUUUUAAAUCUGGACCAUCUCUGCACAGGGAGUAUGGCAGCACAUCUUCCAUAGAUAAACAGGGAACUUCAGGGGAAAGUUUUUUUGACUUAUUGAAGGGCUAUAAAGAUGAAAAGUCUGAUCAGAGAAGCCCAACCACAACUAAGCUUAGUGAACUCCUGAUUGCCAGUGGAAGCAAAGGUUCAGGAUUCUCUCUAGAUGUGAUAGAUGGGCCUAUUACUCAAAGGGAAAACCUGAGACUCUUUAAGGAAAGGGAGAAGCCACUCAAGAGACGCUCAAAAUCAGAGACAGGAGAUUCAUCCAUUUUUCGUAAGCUGCGCAAUGCCAAAGGGGAAGGGGAGCUUGGGAAGUCUUCAGAUCUUGAAGAUAACAGGUCAGAAGAUAGCAUCAAGCCUUGGACUUGUCCAAAGUGUUUUGCUCAUUAUGAUGUACAGAGUAUUUUAUUUGAUUUAAAUGAAGCAGCAAUCAACAGGCAUAAUGUUAUUAAAAGAAGGAACACAACCACAGGUGCAUCUGCUGCUGCUGUAGCAUCACUUGUCUCUGGACCCUUGUCUCAUUCUGCAAGUUUCAAUUCUCCAAUGGGCAGCACUGAAGACCUGAAUUCAAAAGGAAGUCUCAAUAUGGAUCAGGGAGAUGAUAAAAGCAAUGAACUUGUGAUGAGUUGUCCUUAUUUUCGUAAUGAGAUUGGUGGGGAAGGGGAGAGGAAGAUCAGCCUUUCCAAAUCUAACUCUGGUUCCUUCAGUGGAUGUGAAAGUGCCUCGUUUGAGUCGACUCUGAGUUCUCAUUGCACGAAUGCUGGAGUAGCGGUUUUGGAAGUUCCCAAGGAGAAUCUGAUUUUACAUCUAGACAGAGUGAAAAGAUACAUUGUUGAACAUGUAGACCUUGGUGCAUAUUAUUACCGAAAAUUCUUCUAUCAGAAAGAACACUGGAACUAUUUUGGGGCAGAUGAGAACCUGGGUCCAGUAGCUGUGAGUAUAAGAAGAGAGAAACCAGAGGAAAUCAAAGAAAAUGGACCUCAAUACAACUACCGGAUCAUAUUCAGAACCAGUGAGCUUAUGACAUUAAGAGGCUCUGUGCUGGAAGAUGCUAUCCCUUCAACUGCAAAGCAUUGCACAGCCAGGGGACUUCCCCUAAAAGAAGUGCUGGAGUAUGUGGUUCCUGAGCUGAAUAUCCAUUGCCUAAGGCUGGCUUUUAACACUCCAAAAGUCACAGAACAGCUUAUGAAGCUGGAUGAACAAGGGUUAAGUUACCAACUGAAGGUGGGUAUCAUGUACUGCAAAGCUGGGCAAAGCACAGAGGAAGAAAUGUAUAAUAAUGAAUCAGCAGGUCCAGCCUUUGAAGAGUUUCUUCAGCUGUUGGGAGAACGUGUUCGACUCAAGGGGUUUGAAAAGUAUCGUGCUCAGCUGGAUACGAAGACUGAUUCAACGGGUACUCACUCCCUAUACACAACAUAUAAGGACUAUGAAAUCAUGUUCCACGUUUCUACUAUGUUGCCAUAUACUCCAAACAACAAGCAACAGCUUCUGAGAAAACGACAUAUCGGAAAUGAUAUUGUGACAAUAGUUUUCCAGGAGCCUGGAGCACAGCCAUUCAGCCCAAAGAACAUUCGAUCACACUUCCAGCAUGUCUUUGUUAUUGUAAGAGUGCACAGUCCCUGUACUGACAGCGUUUGUUACAGUGUUGCUGUGACAAGAUCAAGAGAUGUACCAUCCUUUGGACCACCUAUUCCAAAAGGUGUCACGUUUCCUAAAUCAAAUGUGUUCAGGGACUUCUUACUAGCCAAAGUCAUUAAUGCAGAGAAUGCUGCUCAUAAAUCAGAAAAGUUUCGUGCGAUGGCCACCAGGACCCGUCAAGAGUACUUGAAAGACUUGGCAGAGAAGAAUGUCACCAACACACCUAUUGACCCUUCUGGCAAGUUCCCCUUCAUCUCACUUGCUUCAAAAAAGAAAGAAAAGUCCAAGCCUUAUCCAGGAGCAGAGAUCUAUAGUUCUGGUGCUAUUGUAUGGAGUGUCCAUGCAAAAGACUACAGCAAGGGUAUGGAAAUAGACUGUCUCCUAGGCAUCUCUAAUGAGUUUGUAGUCCUCAUUGAACAGGACACGAAAAGUGUGGUAUUCAAUUGCUCCUGUCGCGAUGUGAUAGGGUGGACUUCAACAGACACAAAUAUAAAAGUAUUCUACGAGAGGGGUGAAUGUGUUUCUUUGGAGAGCUUCAUCAGCAACGUUGAUGACAUCAAAGAGAUCGUCAAAAGACUGGAGCUUGUGACUAAGGGCUGUGAAACAGUGGAGAUGACUCUGCGUAGGAAUGGUCUAGGUCAGCUUGGUUUCCACGUAAACUAUGAAGGCAUUGUGGCAGAUGUUGAGCCCUAUGGCUAUGCAUGGCAGGCAGGACUGCGACAAGGCAGCCGGCUGGUAGAAAUCUGCAAGGUGGCUGUAGCCACUCUGAGCCAUGAGCAAAUGAUUGAUCUUCUGAGAACAUCAGUAACAGUGAAGGUCGUCAUUGUCCCUCCGUAUGAGGACUGCACACCACGCAGGAGUUCUUCAGAAAACUACCGUAUGCCAGUGAUGGAAUACAAAGUGAAUGAAGGAAUGCCGUAUGAAUUUAAAUUUCCCUUCAGAAAUAAUAACAAAUGGCAGCGAAAUGCAAGCAAAGGACAGGGACCUCAUGUGGCUCAGGUACCAUCCCAAAUACAAAGUCCAGUAACAUCUAGGAUUGGAUCUGGGAAAGGAGAAGGGAAAAUGCCACCCCCAGAACGAGCAGCCAACAUCCCCCGAAGCAUCUCUAGUGAUGGACGCCCAUUGGAGAGCCGGAGGUUGUCUCCCGGUUCUGAUGUCUACAUCACAGUUUCAUCCAUUGCCUUAGCAAGAUCGCAACAGUGCCGUAAUUCUCCAAGCAACUUAUCAUCCUCAAGUGAGACUGGCUCUGGUGGGGGCACAUACAGACAAAAAUCUAUGCCAGAAGGGUUUGGAAUUAGCCGUAGAUCCCCUGCUUCCAUUGACAGGCAGAAUACGCAAUCAGAUACGGGUGGUAGCGGCAAAUCCACACCCAGCUGGCAAAGAAGUGAGGAUAGUAUCGCUGACCAGAUGGAACCAACAUGCCAUCUCCCAGCAGUAUCAAAAGUACUGCCGUCCUUCAGAGAAAGCCCCAGUGGAAGACUGAUGAGACAGGAUCCUGUGGUUCACUUGUCUCCAAAUAAGCAGGGUCAUUCUGACAGCCACUACUCCAGCCAUUCCAGCAGCAAUACUCUCUCCAGCAAUGCCUCCAGUGCUCACAGUGAUGAGAAAUGGUAUGACAGUGGAGAGCGCACUGAAUCAGAGCUGAACAGCUACAACUACCUUCAAGGGACUUCAGCUGAUAGUGGCAUAGACACCACUUCCUACGGACCUAGCCAUGGCAGCACUGCCUCUCUGGGAGCAGCAACAUCUCCCCGUACAGGGCUAACAAAGGAGAAAGUGGCACCACUGUGGCAUAGCUCCAGCGAAGUGGUCUCCAUUGCAGACAGGACAUUAGAAAAAGAGAGCCACAUGGACCGAAAGACUGAGUCUUCACUGAGCCUGGAUAUUCACAGCAAGAGUCAACCAGCCUCCAACCCUCUAACGAGGGAGAAUAGUGCUUAUAGUCUUAGUGAUGCUGUCUCACAUACAAGUACCGUGAGUUCACGACACUCUGCCAGCCCGGUCGUUUUCACCAGUGCCAGAAGCUCACCCAAAGAAGAGCUUCAUUCUGCUACUUCUCCCCAGCUUGCACCUUCUUUCUCCUCCUCCUCUUCCUCCACUUCUGGUCCUAGGACUUUCUACCCUCGCCAGGGUGCUACUAGCAAGUAUCUGAUCGGAUGGAAAAAGCCAGAAGGGACAAUAAACUCAGUGGGGUUUAUGGAUUCAAGAAAACGUCACCAGAGUGAUGGCAAUGAAAUGGCCCACCCUCGGCUGCGUGCUUCAGCAAGAGAUCUACGAGCAUCACCGAAACGAGCAUCCAAGUCCACCGUUGAAGAAGAGCUGAAGAAAUUGAUAGAUCUUGAUAGCCCAACACCUGAAUCCCAGAAGAAUUUUAAGUCACACACUCUGUCCUGUCAGUCUCCCUUUCCCAGCACUCCUACCACAAGGCGUGCCUUGCAAAGGACUUUGUCAGAUGAGAGUAUAUACAGUGGUCAAAGGGACCACUUCUUCGCCUCACGGGCCUCACUCUUGGACCAAGCCAUGCCAAACGAUGUACUGUUCACCAGCACGUACCCUUCUCUCCCAAAGUCGCUGCCGUUACGGAGACCAUCAUAUACUUUGGGAAUGAAAUCACUACAUGGGGAAUUUUCUGCCUCAGACAGUUCCCUCACAGAUAUCCAGGAGCAAAGACGGCAGCCCAUGCCAGACCCUGGUCUUAUGCCAUUGCCUGAUUCUGCCUCUGAUCUGGACUGGUCAAACUUGGUAGAUGCUGCCAAAGCCUUUGAAGUUCAGCGAGCUUCAUUCUUUGCUGCUGCUGAUGAAAAUCACAGACCUGUGAGCGCUGCCUCCAGUAGUGAUCAGGCUGAGGACCAGCUUACUGCACAGAUAAAGCCUUAUACAGGUAAAGAAUCCCCUCCAACUCUCGCCUCUAAAGUGGACCAACUGGAAGGUUUGCUGAAGAUGCUGCAAGAGGAUUUAAGGAAGGAAAAAGAGGACAAGGCCAGUCUUCAGGCUGAAGUGCAACAUUUGCGGGAAGACAACUUGAGGUUACAGGAGGAAUCCCAGAAUGCAACCGAGAAACUGAAGAAAUUCACCGAAUGGGUUUUCAACACAAUUGAUAUGAACUGAGAACAGUGUACGGGGAAGGAAACUAUCUGUUACAAAUAUUAUUACUGGGACUUAAGCUUUAAUGCCACCUUAAUCAUGACAUGUGAAAGUAUAGUCGGAGCACUUCCCUGUCCUUCAUCCUCCAAUAACCCCUUUUUGCAUCUCUGCGCGCACUCAGAACAAUUGCAGAUCAACAAUCAAUGUCUGCCUUUUGUAGAAAAAACAAAGUAAAUAAUUUUAAAAAGGUAAAAUAAAAGUUUAACUGCUAAAAUGUGAAUGUCUAUUUUUUGCACAUGGUCUCUUUAUCUGUUAUGUACAAAAUGAUUUGGAGGCAGGAUCAGGCUUGCUGUUCCAUCUGCCUCUGUUUCCAUUAACUCCUUUCUCUCUGUUUCAGGUAAUCUGCUUUUCCUUGCAGCUUUGGCAAAUAUUAUGACAUCUAGAAAAUUAGAAAGAAAUGUUUAUUUUACUGCUGUUCUUACAUUGUUUUCUGAAGUAUGCCACAGACAAGGGGAUGUAAUGCAAUGUUUUAGGUGUCUCCUUAGCAAUUUGCGCUUGAUUGCUAGUGCUACCUUCCCAUACAUUACAGAGAACACUUGUCCAUAGUGUAUGGUACAGUACAACCAGCAUCAUAACAUUUGGAGAGAAACUAGAGAUGUGGGCCGUCGGUGAGGCAUAUUAUCACACAUCUAUUGCAUUAGCAUUUCUGGUAGCCUUUGUUUCCUGUGGAAACAAUGGCUGCAAGUACUUCUACGAACAGCAAAACUAGGCAUGCUGCAGUUCAUACCAUAUCAGGCAGGCUGAGAGAUAACUGAGUACGGUUGCUGUACUGCUUAAGUAUAGUCCCCUUCCCUUCCAGGGGAAUCUGUUGCUUGCAUAUGUGCAGAAGACUUAGGCUGAAGUUGUAAAGAGAUAAAGAUUUCUUUCCCCUCAACUGUUUCCAUGAAAAUCCACGUAAACCAUCUCUGUGCACCUGCCCUCCCAUUCCAUUUCUCUGGACCUCUCAAAUCACAACAGAUUUGAGAAAUAUUUAUUCAACUUGUUUUAUUACCCGAGAGGUCUGAUAAAUCCUUUGCUAUCAAAGACAGAGGAAUAGGUAAAGGUGAAUUAGAGAAGUGUAUUUUUCAAAGCACUGGGACAGGAUUGGAGUUCUGAAAUCCCCAGUCCCCAGUCAUGUCUAGCAUGAGAUUUCCCAAAUUUCCUCAUGCCAGGAAAGUUAAUUAGUUGUUCUCUGAAGGACCGGCUAACUUGCCACAACAUGUUACCUCUCCAGAAAAUACCUUUUAGGUGUCAGAAUAUGACUUUCAAGCGCCGCAGUCUGCACAGGCAUUGAACUGUGCAGUGUGCUUGGAAACCUUUUCUACUCCCUUCUGAGGAUACAGUUAUUGCAUUAAUAAAUAUUUCCUUGCAUAAAGUGCAGUAUAUUUGGGGGUUAGUUUCAAGAGCAUCCACUCCCUCCCCUUCCCCAUUCUCAAAUAGACAGAUUAAAAUCAUCAGGCAUGGUCUUGUCACAGAAACUUCCAUGCUCUUCUCAAAUCCCUUUUUCAUGCUCUUUAAUCUUGCUCCACGCAAGUACGCACUACACUUCAACCUCAAACUUCAUUUGUGAUGCUAAUCCCCAUGGAGUUCUUCUCUAAUGUUUUGUCAUGGAAAUGGAUCUCUUUGGAACUAUUUCUGGAGUGCUUUUGUAAAGGUUUAGAAUGUCUUGGGUUUUUUAACGACUUGUAUGAAGGAGAUUUAUAUAAUGCCUGAUGUUAUUUGUAAAUGGGAAAUAUUGCUAACAUCUCUGAGCAUCCUGAAGUCUUGCUUUUAUUCUCUUAUUUUUAAGUUUGGUUUUUAUUUUAUUUCAAAAAAUAUUUUGGGACUUGGGGCAGACUAUUUAUUAGAGUUUUGCAACAGAGUUCUUGUAUGAUGCCACUGAAGGCUACUUGUAAAAUUCUGACAAUAAAACUCAUUUUAAAGGCUCUUCUAAA